GUGUUGAUAUCAGUCAUCCUCCAGCUGCAUCAACUAAAAGAUCAUGUGGUUUGCACGAGCAUCAUUCGCAAUCGCCUUAUUGACAUGUGUUUUUGCCGAAGAACUUAAACAUAAUAGUGACAGAAGUGAUUAUAAAAGGUCGUUCGCUAAAGACUGUGAUAAUACGUUUUCGCUAACAUGUUUAAAGUUGAAUAUCGUCGGUUGGGUUGACAAACUUAACGAAAAUGAAAACUUAAGUGUGUUCCCUGGUGUUUCGAUAGUGCGUGAAAAUGCUAGUGCAGCGGGUAAUAACGCGGAGGUAGUGGCGGAUCUCGCUCGGGAAUUUCCCAACGAUCCUGAUAAGAGGCUGGAUGCUUUUUUACUAAACAAGGUCCAAGGGUUCCUCAACAGCCACUCUAUCAAAGUUAACUUCGGCGGAGAGGAGCCUGAAGACGAAAAUGCUGUCGUCGGCCGUAAGAAGAAAGGAAGGAGAGGAGGUGGAAUGGGAAUGAUGUUCGCUGCAGCUGCCAUGAUGAAAAGUACCCUGUUCGCCAUUGGUAUGGGAGCCCUAGCCGCCCUUGCCGGUAAGGCUUUGAUGACAAGUUUAAUCGCCUUGAUGUUAUCUGCUAUCAUUGGUCUUAAAUCUUUGUCUGGAGGAGAUUCCAAAACCACGUAUGAGGUAGUUUCCAAACCAGUGUACACUCAUUCUAGUUCGCAUUCGUCUGGACAUGAGGACUACCACCAUGGGUCUGGGGGAUAUGGUAGGAGUUUUGAUGUGAUGCCAUUACCACUCGGUUUGCAGCCAGGAUACAAACCAGCUUAGGAUUUUUCAAUUUAUUUAUUGUUAUUUAUUUUGACUUAAUAAAUUAUUUAUUUAUUUUUUUCAGUA